CCCUUACAAGCCGUGAUGUAUCCUCGCGCUCUCGUCGUUCUCUUCUUCGCGGUCUUCCUCGCCGCCACCGUCAGCGGCGCCCCGCUCAAGCAAUUCAAGCUGAAGCGCGGCGACGCGACGCCCGUGCGGCGUGACCCGCCCGCGGCGCCCUCACACUGGGCGCGCGCCGAGGAAUGGAUUCCGAAGCCGUCCGGCUGGCGUCGGGCCCACGCGUGAGCGUGCCAUGUCGACGCGGGCAUGCUGCGGCGCCUAACAGGGACUGUCGACUCUUUAUAGGCCCCUUACGGCGCACGACUCCACGACGGCUUCGCAACGUCGUUCACGUCCAUGUCCUCUGUAGUACGAAGUCGAUGUGACUAUCUACUUCCCUUUCUUUGACUUUGUAUCCCGUGUUUGUAUACGUAUCGUCUAUCUGUACCAGUACACUUUGUAGAUUCCCAACGCCUAGGCCUCAGGCCUCCUAUGUCCAUAUCGUUAAGCGCUC